GGUGACGUCAGACAGCUGCUAGCUUGUUAGUAGCAGUUCGAUUCUCUUUUUCUCUUUUUCUUCGUUAAUAAACGUUUUUGUCACAUAUUAAGUUUUUACGUCAUCAUCAGGAGCCCGCGAGUUUCACCUGAAGCCGCUCCGUGUUUGAUUCAAGGAAACGCCGCGAGCGUUUCUCCACAGCUUCAUCCCGUCAUGUCUCACAAGUACCCGUACAGACGGACGCCGUCUGACACUGACCUCAGACCUGAUCCUGGACCUUACAGCUCCUCGGACCUCCCUCACGCCUCACCGGGCCACAACUUUUACAGGCCACCUCCUCAGGAGUCCCACCCCUCGUCCUACCAGUCGUCUUCGUCCUCCAGAGGCUCGGCUCAGUGGUCGCAGGACGGCGCUCUCAGCAUCCUGAGUAGCUGCGGUCUGGAGCCCAGCGACCUGUCUCUGCUGGCCGAGCUGCCCGAGGACGUCCUGACCGUGGAGUCGCUGCCUCAUGUCCUCAAACAGAUCAAAGGAAAGAGAGGGACCAUCAAACCUUUCCCUCCCAACGCUCCUCCCUCCUCUUCCUCCUCUUCCUCCUCUUAUCCUCCCAGCUCCACCCGUCAACCCGCCGCCACCUCCUCCAGCGGAGACUGGGACCAGCUCCGCAGCCAGCCGGUCCAGUACCCGCUGGACCGGGUCGCUCCCAGUUAUCUUCCAUCUGAGCAGGUCCAGGACCGCUGGGGGAAUCCCAGAACCAGCAGCUCUGUGAGAGCAGACCAUCAUCCACCAUCAUCAUCAUCAGCUUCAUCUUCAUCCUCCAUGUACGUGGAUGACUUCCACCACAGACCUGGACCCUCUGCGUACGGUAAGGCCGGCAGAGCCACGAGCUCAGCUUCCUCUCAGGACCGAGCCUCUUUCAGGUCGCCAGGACAGGGACAAAGAACUCGUCCUUCCCAUUUCUCCGAGCGCAGGUCAGCUGAUCACAGGUCAGCUGAUCACAGGUCAGCUCCUCAACCUCGGGGGGGCCACCGCCGGUCUGAAACCUCUUCCAUCAGGAGCAGCCGGCUCGCUGCAGCCGCCUCCAUGCCCUCCCCCAAAGAAACGCUGGACUUCCACGGGACGUCCCCUCAGGUGUUCCCGUACUCGUGCUCUCUGUGUGAUAUCACUGUGCUGUCAGAGAGGGUUUGGAUUAAACACAUCAACGGCCCGCAGCAUGCAGACGGACAGCUCGGCCUGCUGCAGCAGUUUCCUAACUGGGACUGUCGCAUGGAGACGGUCAGCAGGGCCGACAACCAAUCAGAGAAGAGGAAGGAUGAAGAAAAAGCCGCCCGGCCGCCACAGACAGCCAAUCAGAGCCAAAAGCUGCAGCCGAACAAACCGUCUCCGAGGAAGGCGUCAGAGAAAGGGAAAGUGGUGUGUGUGAAGUUUCCCGCUCAGUCUGUGGACGAGACGUACCUGAGGAAACUGACGGAGCCGUUCGGAAAGAUCGUCAAGAUCCUCAUGUUUCCAUCUCUGGCGUUCGUGGAGCUGGGCUCCGUGGAUCAAGCCAAGGACUUGGUGAAGUUCCACGUCAACUAUCCUCCGACGGUGAACGGAGAGCAGAUCGAGUUCAGCAUCUCCAACACCUUCAACUUCCUCCAGAGUUCUCGGGUGGUGAGCUUCACUCCGGCGCCGACGGGAGGAGACGGCCAAUCGGAUCUGAUCAGCGUCAUCAAACGCUUCGGCCCACCGCUCUACACUCUGUUCCUGCCGUCUAUAGCGUUUGUGGAGAUGAAAAAUGCUCCUGAUGCUCAGAAGCUGGUGGAUUAUUAUUCCUCCAACACUCUGAGGAUCAACAGCGACUUCCUCAAAGUUUCCUUCUCCGGAGAAUACAAGAGCCUCAUGCGGGUAGCAUCAGCCAAGAGGUAUGAGGAAGAAGAGGAUACGCCCCCCACCAAGAGGAGGAGGACUCAGAGUCAAGAAGAGGUGGAGAUUGAAACCAAGAGGAGGAGGAGGGAGAGCCAAGAGGAGGCGGAGACAGAAACCAAGAGGAGGAGCAGCAGUAAAGACAGAGUGGAGGAGAGGAAGCUGGAAGGAGGGAAAGCCAGCAGAGAGAGGAGGUCCAGGUCCAGAUCCGGAGAUAAAUCCAGCAGAGAGAGGAGGUCCAGGUCCAGAUCCGGAGAUAAAUCCAGCAGAGAGAGGAGGACCAGGUCCAGAUCUGGAGAUAAAGCCAGCAGAGAGAGGAGGUCCAGGUCCAGAUCCAGAGAUAAAUCGAGCAGAGAGAGGAGGUCCAGGUCCAGAUCCAGAGAUAAAUCCAGCAGAGAGAGGAGGUCCAAGUCCAGAUCCGGAGAUAAAUCCAGCAGAGAGAGGAGGACCAGGUCCAGAUCCGGAGAUAAAUCCAGCAGAGAGAGGAGGUCCAAGUCCAGAUCCGGAGAUAAAUCCAGCAGAGAGAGGAGGUCCAAGUCCAGAUCCGGAGAUAAAUCCAGCAGAGAGAGGAGGACCAGGUCCAGAUCCGGAGAUAAAUCCAGCAGAGACAGGAGGUCCAGGUCCAGAUCCAGAAAUAAAUCCAGCAGCGGGUCGUCCAAGCAGAACGGGUCCAGAGAAAAGACGGAGGAACCAGAGAAACCAGACUCUGAGUCCAGGACUGAUCCUGAACCAGCUCCGGUCAGAGACUCCAAACCUGAGACUGCAGAGAACGAGCAGAGUGAAGACGAAGCAGAGUCGUCUGCUGAUGACAGCGACAUUGAGGGGAUGGAGGUGAUCGGAGAGGACGGAGAGAAUCUGGAGGAGGAAGACGUGGAACAUCUGGAUGAUGCUGAGGAGGAGGAGGAUGAGGAAAAAGAAGAGGAGGCGGCUGUGGAGGGAAACAGUGGAUCAGCAGAAAGUCGAGACUCACCUGAAGAAGAGAAAGAGAAGGAAGUAAAGGACGGAGAGACUGAUAAUCAGGAGAAACUAGUGACGGAGGAAGAGAAAGAGAUAAAGGAGGAUGAGGAGAAAAAAGAUGAGGACUCAGAAACCACCAGAGAACCAGAAGAGGCAGCAGAGACUCAGGAUGAAGAGGAGGAACCAGGUUUCCCAGUGGACCUGGAGGACUGCAUCAUUAUGGAUGAAGUGGAAGAGGACCAGUCUGAUGACCCAGACGUCACAGAUGAACCUGAGGUCAGAGGUCAAUCUGAGCCUCCGUCCACCAGAGUCGUUUACUUCACCAACCUGCCGCAGCGUUUCUACACCGACGCUGACUUCGUCAAACUGGUCAGAGGUUUCGGGACGGCGGCACGUUACUUCCUGAUCCGCAGACGCCGAGAGGGUUUCAUCGAGAUGUCGAGACCGUCAGAAGCUCUGAGAGCGGCUCGGGAGCUCAGCUGUAAACCCGUCGUCUUCCACGGCUCCAAACUCAUCGUCCGCAUCUCCCACAAAUACCACAGACUCAUCAACGGGUGGGAGGUUGAGUCGGAUGAGGAUGAAGAGAAGAGGAGCGAGCGCCGGAGUCGAAGCAGCAGCAGGAGGAGGAGCGAGAGACGAAGCAAAUCCAGAACGUCGGACAGAGACGAGACCUGCAGGAGAGAGUCGGAAUCCAAGAGGUCAACAGAGAGAGAGUCCGUGUCCAGAGAGAGUCCAGAGCAGGACGUCACAAACACACCAGAGACAGAAUCAGCUGCUAGAGAGACUCCAGAGAGAGAGUCGGCCAAUAGCAAAAGUCCAGUAAAGGAGUUUCCCGCCAAAACCACAUCAACCUUGAGAACGACACCAGAUAAAGAGUCAGGAUCCAAGAGGUCUACAGAUAAAGACUCAACUGAUAAAAACUCUUUAGAAAAUGAGUCGGUCUCCAGAGGGAGUCCAGACAAGGAAUCAGCCAAUAACAAGACUCCCACCAAAACUACGUCAGAAACAGAAACCUGUAGAACGACACCAGAUAAAGAGUCAUCCAGUCAUAAAACCAAAGACGAGGACUCGGUGUCCAAAAAGAGUCCAGAGGAGGAGCAGCUGCCAAAGACGAGUCCAGAGCACGAGAACGAGUCUGAAGGAACCCUGAAGGAAGAUCUGGAGGUGAAGGACGGAUCAGCUGAUCAUGGUCCUCAGACAGAGGACGGAUCAGCUGAUCAUGGUCCACAGACAGAGGAGGGAUCAGCUGAUCAUGGUCCUCAGACAGAGGAGGGAUCAGCUGAUCGGGGUCCAGAGACAGAGGAGGGAUCAGCUGAUCAUGGUCCUCACACAGAGGAGGGAUCAGCUGAUCGGGGUCCACAGACAGAGGAGGGAUCAGCUGAUCGGGGUCCACAGACAGAGGAGGGAUCAGCUGAUCGGGGUCCAGAGAAGAGUCCAGAUGGACCAGAUUCUGCUGCAGAUCCUCCAAAACCACAAACCCAACAGAAACCCGAUGAUGAAGAGCGUCUCCAGGACUUGGAACAAAAGCCUGGACCUGCAGGGGGCGCUGCAGAACCAGAGAGACCCACCAAACCUGUCGGAACAGAGUUCGUUCGGCCGGUCGUCGGUUACUUCUGUCACCUGUGUCAGGUGAUCUACGCCGACGAGGACGAAGCCAAGCUGCAGCACUGCAGCAGCCGGACGCACUACAGGAAGUACCAGAUAUUUCUGAAACAAAGAAACAUUAUCACAUCAGACAGCUGUGACUCAUCUCCCUGCCUGAAGAUCAAUAACAUCUGAUCAACUUGUUUGUUUUUCUCUUUAUUUCAUUGUAUUUUGUUUAUUUAACUUUUAUUGAAACUGUUCAUUUGUUGUUUUUCUUUAGUAAAGAAUUUUGGUGCAUUAUUUUGAAAGGUGCUGUAUGAAUGAAGUUCCUCAUUAUUAUUGACUACAUGUCUCAGGUGUGAUAUGGGCGGAGCUCUGUCUCAGGUGUGGCG